AUGAGGUGCACCACGUUCAUGUUGUCGCUUAUAUGGCGACGUUCCCAAAAUCCAUGCAGGAGCUUCAGUUCCGCUUCAUCGGCCAAACGCACCUUGACCGAUGUCAACUCAAGGCCUGAUUUGGAUUUUGAUUAUCUGCUGGAUUCGCGCAAUUUGGCGACCAUUCGUGAGAAUAUCAAACAACGUAAGGGAAUCGGAGAUAUUGAUUUGGUGCAUCGUUUAUGGCACGAAAUUGAACAGUAUCCGACUCGCCGAGAGCGCGAUGUCGAUGAAUAUCAAAAAUUAUGGGAUGAGGUCCGUUGUGUUUGA